AUGACAAUCAGUCAGUUGUUUGAAAACAACAGAAAUCAACCUGAAGCCUUGGAGGUCAAUGAUGACAUAUAUGUGGAGACCGAAAAGAAGAACACAGACUCUGAGAAGAAUGAAAAUCGUUUUUGUGUCCUUGACACAACUACACUGUUGCGUAGCUGUGUGCAAAGGGCAGUCGGAAUGCUCAGGGAUCAGAUGGAGACCGGCUUUCGUAGCACUCUCAGGGUGGAGAUUCUGCUAACUCUUCUCGAUGAUGAUGAUGAUGAAAUUAAAGAAGAAUUUAGCUGUAUCGUUAAGAGGCAUCUUCAUACAUUAUUGGCCACUCAUGUCGACAGCACCAUUUGGUCAAACAACUGGGUCAUGAGGGAGGCCUCCAACAUUGAUGCACUGCAAGAAGGAGGAACCUUCAGGAACACCUUAUGGAACCGUAUUCAGGCGGUGGUAAUACCUAUGUUGGCUCACCUUGUUGCAAUCAGUGACCGUGACCAAAACCUGAAUUUACUGUUGGAUAAAAACUGUGGACUUCCUCUUAAAAAGCUGUGGUUGGACAUUUUUGGAAAUGACAAGCUUCUACAAAUCAAUUCUGAGAGCAGAACAGUUCUGGUCCAAAACUACAUCACUCCAAAGAUGAGAGUUGGCUGCAGCAUGCCCUUUAGCUGGAGGAUCAGAGACUACCUGGAGGACAUGUGGGUUCACGCUCUCCAGAACGAAGGGCAAACACAGCUGCAGUUUGAUGACUUCUUCUGGAACACACCAUUGGGGCGUUUCAUUGGAAAAGAAGACCAGGAAACACAGACGGAAUUCUACCACCGAUAUUUACAGGAUUAUAUCUCAUUAACCAUGAAUGUAUCCUGUGAAGAAGAGAUGCAGCUCCUGAGUGCAGCUCUUAACAGCUGUGUGAAUGAACUGAAGAUAAAGCUUGAAGCCACAGACAGACCCACGUCUCUGUCCUGGAUCCACGCUGCUCACGAGUUCAAGAACAGACUGCAGAACCUCUCCAGGAUUAUCUGCAUUAAACCACAAGUCACAGGAGACCUCUUAAGAAAUCCAAGUUCCAGAGAUGGACCUGAAAUGAUACUGGAUGUGUAUGCUGCUUUUGCCUGUGUGGAAAAUUUGGAGCCAACAGCUCUGGACACAGACGACCAGAGACAGACUUGGCUCAGACAGGUUCAUCAACUCCAGGUUCCCAUUGAACUGGUUUGUGCUGAGGACUGUGUCCAACUCUACGGAGAGAGAAGCAAAGCCUUUGCCAGCAGAGUGCUGAAUGCUUGGAAUCGGAUCUUUUGUCUUUCUUUAUUUGUGGAGCACAUGUUGGUGGGUAUUGAGGAACUAGACCAAAAACUGGUCCCCUCAGUUUUACAGAACACACAGAGACUUUGGCAGAUGUUGGAAAAGAACACAAACAUGAAAACUAAAGAUGCGUUUGAAACUGUCAUUGGUUUACUGAAAACCUGCAAAGAAGGAGCUGUUGAAUGCAUCUUCAGGUUUGGUCUCCCUCGGUGUUCAGUGUGUAUUGGAGACCCUCAGGACCCCAUCUGCCUCCCGUGUCAACACAUUUAUUGUUUGGUCUGUAUCAAACAGUGGCUUGUCCCAGGGCAGAUGUACUGUCCAUACUGUAUGCAGCAGGUCAACGAUGACUUUGCAAUAGUUCCUUCCAACGAUAUUAGGGUUCAAAUAAACACACAUGCACAGUUUAGAAGGCGCUGCAAUGCUUUCUUUGUGGAGUUGGUGUCAUCCAUGUGUUUCAAAGAUAAUUCCCCGCCAAGUUCAGAGGUGGUCAGUGAUCUGCUGUCAUUUCUCAUGCACGAGGCUAAUCCUGCGUUGAUACCUGGAGCACAAAGACAGAGAGUUAUUGUCACAAAAGAGUUCUCCCCGUUUGAUGAAUCUCUUGACAAAAGCCCCGUGGUUCGUUCAGUCGUGCUUAAAUUACUUUUGAAGUACAGCUUUGAUAAAAUAGAGAAGUACUUGAAGCAUUAUCUUCAUGCAGUAGAAGAGAGCAACCUCUUGGACGAUGCAGAGAAGACUGAACUGUACUCGCUCUACAUAAACUGUUUUGAGGACUCCAUGUUUGAGAAACUGUGCUUGGAGGAUGAAAGCAUAUUCCUGCAGCUUCUGUCUGAUUAUCCCCAACAAAUCCUCUGUUCGUCCACUGUAGACAGCCUGCAGCUGGUCGCACGUGUCCGACUUAACCUGGACAUAGCGGCUGGUCUCAUUAUUGAAGACACCACCCUGACAAAAUCUCAAGCACACAAUGCAGUGGAUGCCUUCCUUAAAAGUGUUAAGAACUUGUGUCAGCAAAGUAAGAACGACUGGUACCGAGUUUAUUUAAUUCGGAAACUUGGAACUCAGCAUGGAGUGGCACAUGUCCAGAACCUCCUUAAAUUUCCUCAAAUGAGCUGGAUUUUCCCCAAGGAAAUUCUGGAAAAGGCUGAUGAGGCACCAAUGGACUUCUUUCUUGUGUGUGGUCCUGACUAUCAAACCAUCCGAAAUGCUGUUGCAAAGGUGGUUAUGGAUGGCACCAUGGAUGACCUGGAUGGGACCUGUGAGAGGGUCAGAUGUGUAAAUCAAAGCAGAGCAGUUUUGCUGCUUCUUGCUCUGUACAGAGAAGUCACCACAUGGUACAAACAACCCAGUACAAACCUUCAUCCCAAACCUGCGCAAAUAGACCUAUGGAUGGGCUAUAUUGGGCAAUCUAAAGUCCUAACUUCCCCAGAAUUAAAGGCUUUUGCUCAGGCUCUUGUCACAAACCAGCUUGGGCCUUUGACUCUCCAGCCUGCGCUCUCCAGGACUCAGAGCGUCCUCAUAGAACUCACUGUCCAUCUGGCUGCUGUGCUUCUCUGUGGAAACCAGGGCAUUUUGGGACCUUUGAAGCAGCUGGCUCUCACACCUAGGACCAUGCAGGCGGCGUUUUUACCCAGUAUGCCGGAAGACAAAAUCAUAAUGGCACAACAAGCAAUGGGACAGAAGUUGCGGUGGUACCUUUGUCCAAAUGGACACCCAUGUACUAUUGGUGAAUGUGGUCGACCCAUGGAAAGAAGUCGUUGUGUGGACUGUGGAGCAGAUAUAGGUGGAAUUAAUCAUAUUCCAGCGCAAGGGUUUAUGGUAGCCCAGUUACAGGGUGACCGUACUCAGAGUGGGCACAUCCUUGGUGACCCUGGACGCAGAAACAGUCCUGACAUGUUGGACACAAAGAGCCUUUCCCCUGUUCCCUUUGCAGUCGUCCGAAUGAUCACACACAUGGCCAUGAUGUUUGGUCUCUGCAAUGACGCACAGAUGAUCUCAACCAUGAUCAAGCCCCGAGUCGUUUUUCCAGGAAAGUUUCUCUUUGCUCAUCUGACAGAGGAUCAAAGACAUCUGACUAAGUCCCUUGGAAAAGGAGCAGAUGAUGCAGUCAUCACUGUACAUUUGAUCAUCAGCAGCCUGCUCCAUCCUCCACAUGAACAUGCCUGGCCUGUUGGUUAUGAUAAUCAGCUCUCCACCAAUAAAGCUAGAAAUAAUUGGGAAAAUAAGAUGAGCAACAUAAUAGCUCCUCUAUUGAAGAACAUGGAGAGACAGCUGAAGCAGGUGAACGCACUCAUUCGUUCUGAUGACCGCAUUUCUGCCAGUCCAAUCAUGAAAGUCAUGUUUGGGGACCCUCAGCUGUUUUUGGACUCUUUACCUAAAAACUCUUUGAUCCAUUGUUCCACUGUGUGGAGCAGCAGAGAGAAGGUGUCUCUCUUUGGGCUCACACACAUUUUAGAGCAAAAUGGUGGCAAAGAAGCAUUGCCAUUUCUGUGGACAUUUUUGCAUAGGGAAGCCGAGUACAGGCUGGUGAAAUUCCUUCCUGACAUUCUCACUCUUCAAAAACAUCUUGUCAAAAAGUUUCAAAACAUAACUGAAGUGUCUGGUACUAUUGCUGAUUUUCUGGAAGGCCAGCAGUCAGUUUCUCUAAAGGCCUGGUACGAGAAACAUAUCAAAAUUGUGUUGAAUACUUGGAAUGAACUAAGAGUGUUCUUGGCAACUAAUGGUGACAUAAAGCUUCCACCUAGUUUCUGUGAGAAGGACUUGGACCGCCGCAGUGACUUUCGAGUGCUGUUGCCCAGUCGACGAGGCCCGGGGCUCUGCUCCACAGCCCUCGUCAGUUAUCUCAUCUUUCUGCAGAAUGACUUGCUUUACAGUGUGGACAGGCUCACUGGAGAGGACACCAGUUAUAAAGUCAGUCCAGUAGAUCUGACUGACCUUCACGUGAUCCGGUACGAGCUGGACAAAGACCUCAUGCCCCUGGUUUUGUCCAACACUCAGUACAGCAUUGAGAAAGGUCAAGAAACACUGCACGAGUAUGACCUACCUAAAAUCCAGCAGCAAAUAGUGUCACGCUUUCUGCUGGGCAAACCUCUCAUCACGCUGAAUGGCAUUCCUACUUUGGUGCACAGACAUGACCGUAACUAUGAGAAUAUACUUAAGGAUGUCAAUGAAAAGAUCAAACAAGAACCCCUUCAAACUCUCAUCCAGUGUGCUGUGGGUACAGAGCUAGACUCUUACAGUGAGGUGUGCGAAGCCUUGUCCGCAGUGGAAAUUGCUCUUGGGUUUUUAGCCAUGACUGGAGGAGAUGCCAGUAUGCAGUUGUCUUGUUACCUGGAGGAUGUGCUGAAAAUGGCAACUCAAACCCCUCCACACAUCCUCAAGGCCUUGAGUAUGUGCUCUCUAAAACAUUGUGCGGCAUUAUGGCAGCUGCUUGGGUCUCUUAAAUCACAAGGCCUUCUAAAACUUAAGAGGGAUCCAUUCGAACACAUUCCAGAGGAGUACAAGCAGGUUCUCAGUGUGGAUGAGCGUGGACUGCUGGCUAGAUUCUUUUCUAAAAAUAGCGCCGAAACCUUUCUGCUGGAGAUGCAUGAGUUCCUUGUACUCAUGCUGAACAAACCUAAGGCUACAGACACCUUCAAACCUGAGUGGGGUCUUAAAGAGACUCUGGUGUCCUACAUGGAACGCAAAGACAUGGAUGUUCCUCCUGAACUAGAAGAGCUGUUCCCAGAGGAAAUCUGUUUGUCUCACAACUGGAGAACAUUAACGAAAAACACCACGAGCAAAAUCAAGAGCAACAGAUGGUUUUUGGUCCACGCUCUCAGACUCAAAGUUCUGGCUCGAGUGUGGACCCAUCUCCAGCUACCACAGAGCACAUGGAGGGACCACAGUCUGAGACCAGUCAGGCUUCAACAGAAGCACAAACAUCAGCCCCACCUGAACCCAGCAAAGACACUGAAGAGCGGAGUGUCGAGGGCACAAGGACUACAGAAGUGGAACCAACGCCGCAAAAGAUUGGAGGACAUUGGAAAUCUGGAGCGUGUACAACAGAUGAUGGAUCAAGAUAGAAGAGCUCUUGUCAAGAAGAUGACCAGUCAUGUCCAUCUAAGAGAGAUUGAUGUUCUCGUGGUGCGCUCCUGGUUGUACUUGAUAUCCUUAGUCUCAGACUUUGUUUCUUCUACAUCUCUGGAGACUCCACAAACAGCAAGUGUGCCGGCGUCACUUCGAGACACUUUGGAUACAGCUCUGGAUAUAAUCAGACAAAAGAUACAUCAGUGUUUCAGAGGCAACCUUCUACCUACUAGGGAUACGAAGGAGAUUGAAUUUUGGAAUAAUAUUUUAUCCAUCAAGUUCAGAGAAAACAUUUUCACUAACGUGUGGAAAGACAAACUAACAAAGGAUUUUGAGGACAGAUAUAAACAGGCAACUCCAAUGCAGCAGAUCGAAUACUACUGCAAGGAAAUAGAUAAUCUAAGUGUGUCAUAUCCGUAUGUUGCUUCUUCUGUUGAAGUCUGUGCUCUAGAUGCUGUAACCGCAUUAUGCCAGACAAAAUCUGAAGGAAAGAUUCUUGAGAGGAUUUCUUUAAACUGGUGUGGGAAGUUUGGGAAAUUAAUCUCGGCCAUUGUUGAGAAGUCAUGGCCUAAACGGUGUGGAGGGACUUACUGUGACGAUGAGGAAGCAAUCAUGCGCCAUCUCCUUACCUGGACUGCUUCAAAAAACAUUUUUCAGCUCUACGGUGGUAAGGAAGGGGUGACUGAGAAGCUCUCUGAUGUUGCUAGUGAAAGAAUUGCAAUAGCUGUUUCAUCGUUCACCAAUGUUGUCAACCAAGUGGCUCAUGGGAACAUUAAGAUUGGUUUGCUCAACAUACUUUUGGAGAAGAAAGAUGCUUUUUUGGAAUUAUCACAGAUCAAUGUUCCAACUGAAAAAGUAGCCAAAAUGAAAAGGCUUUUCCAGCACAGGCAAACUGAAGUGAAUGCUGUUUAUCACGAGAAGCAGCUGUUGGAUAUUUUGGUAACAAUGAGCAAUAAACUUGAAGAAGUUAUAAAAGUUGAUGUGGCAGAAGUAAAGGAGCGACAGCACGUUAACAUUGAGGAAAUGCCCCUGAACUCUUUCAUGGAGGUUCAACUCUUGGAUCAACUAUCCUCGGACAAGGCUGCAAAGAUCAUUAUGACAGUGAAAAAGACUCUUCACCUCCAAAGAGACUUUAGCGUUCUAAAGAACCUCCUACAAGUUAAUGAGGAAAAGGAGGGCGUCCGGAUUGAUCAGAUUGAUAAUGAUUUGAUUCAAGCCAAAAAGGAUCUAGUGGAUAUAACCGAAACACGUAAAGACUGUCUGCGUGAGCUGGGACUCAGGGGGAACUUUGUCCACUGGGUCAAAGAGGCUCUUGAAGAUAUCAACGAGCUGAAGGUGUUUGUUGACCUUGCCUCGAUCUCCGCUGGGGAGAAUGACAUGGACGUGGACCGGGUGGCUUGUUUCCAUGAUGCUGUUCUUGGAUACUCCCCUUUGCUUUAUGAACUGGAGCGGGAUGCAGAUUUUGACAAGUUCAACACAGUGGUCAAGAAGCUUUGGAGGGCUUUAGAGAACGAUUGCGACCUGCCUAAGAAACUGCGAGACAGCGCUCGUCAUCUUGAAUGGCUGAAAACCGUGAAAGACAGCCAUGGCUCAGUGGAGCUAUCAUCUCUUUCUUUAGCGUCAUCUAUUAACCAGAAGGGGAUUUACAUAAUCAGUGCACAACAUGGAAAAAAGUUGUGUCUUGACAAAGUCCUAGAGCUCCGAAUACCAGAGGAACAUGAUGCUGGUCAACAUAUACGAAACUACUCUUUGGAGGAUCUGCGAGAACUGCAGAACAAACUGAUGCUUAUGUCGGGUAAAGGAGAUCAAGGACGGCAUGAAGUGGAUUAUUUCACAGAGGUGUUUGACAAUGUUCAGAGAUUGUCUGAGGCUUUCAUUGCUCUGUACACAGCCGACCUGAGGCAGGUGUGGCACGAGCUUCAGUAUGACAUUCUUAGUCGGCCACAAGAAGUUGACGACGAUAUUGAGUUUCGGACGUUUACCUGGUUCAAAGUUCACAUGGUUCCCCAGGCUCCACUCACAAGAGUUCAGGAAUACUUGCAUGAGCACUAUGUUGUCUCUGAAGACCAGUGCAGUGCUGCUGCUGCAUUCAAAGACCGGCUGUGUGUUGGCAUUGUCUCAUCAACAAGAUCUGGUGUAGGUAAAUCUCUUUAUAUCAAGAGGCUGUAUCAGAAACUAAAGCACUCAACCAAGAAGACUACAGCAAUGAAUUGCAUUCGCUUGAUUGAACCUACUGUUGAUGAGGAUGCCGUGUUCCAGUCUCUUCUGAACAACACAGAGACGAAAGCCCUCGCAGUGUUUCAUUUGGAUGUCACAGCUUCGGUUCAACAUGGUCUGCAUGAGUUUCUUUUCAAGCUGUUGUUUUUGCGCUAUCUCAUGAACUCUGAGGGGAAGGUGUGGAAGUGCAAUGAGAAGCAGUUGUAUGUAGUUGAGAUUUUGGAGCGACCAAAAACCACAGGACGGAAGGCUGAAAAAUCGUCACUCAUAGAUGUGUUGCCGAAUAUUUUCUGCCGACCUCCAAAGGAGAUAUUGGAGUUGGAGCUUAGGAAAAUUGAUGACCCAACAAUAAUGAAUGGAGAAGACCCAUUGAUGGAUGAUGAAGAAUUCAGAACAAACACCACAGAGGCCAUCAGCAGCAUCAAGGAGGUUCUUUGUGACAAGACUGUUCAAGGAGAAGGUCUGGCAUCAGGCUCUGGCCUUCAGAUCAUAGCAGCAUGCAAUCCCUACCGGAAGCACACGGAUGAGAUGAUUGAAAGAUUAGAAUCUGCGGGUCUAGGAUACAGAGUUCGAGCUGAGGAGACCAAUGAAAAACUAGUUCUGGAGACUCAAAAACACACAAUGGAAAUUAUGGACCCUGACAAAAAAGUUUUGGAUGAAGCUAAACUUGUGCUCCUCAAAUGUGCCACACCGGAUUCCGUUGUCCGUUUGGACAGCAGUGAACUUCCCAGAGGAGAGAGUGAUCAUCUGGCCAAAGUUUACAAUGAAGAGAAGCACAAUGGCUGUUUAUCAGAGUUUAUCCUUGCCCUAACUGGGAAAGAGCAGCUUGGCAACACCUUCUUCACAGAGGUGACCACAUUUUCAAGACUUCUGACAGCGUCUGAUUUAAAAUCUCUGGAGCAAAAUGGUUUAAGUGCUGAACUUCUGUCUGUCCAGCAAUUUGACACUGAGCACUCCUUCUUAAAAAAGAUCAGAAACUUUCUCACAACUGGUAGAAAUAAUUGUGAAUCAAAGAUACUCAUCGUUCAGUGUGAUUAUGAUGAAGCUUCUCAGAGUGCUAAUCUUAUUGCAUCUGCAAAGCACUCAUCCAUAAAUGAAAUCAGAAAGACGGUACUUGAGAACCCAGGACAGAGAGUGUUUGUCUACAUCAUUACAAGACUGCCUAGAAUGAUUGGAGGGACGUCCUAUGUUGGAUUCUAUGGAGGACCUUGGAAAUCAGUUCACAUUGACGACCUUAGAAAAUCAAAUGAAAUUAUUUCUGACAUAAAACUCCUGCAAAGAAUGACAAUCAGUCAGUUGUUUGAAAACAACAGAAAUCAACCUGAAGCCUUGGAGGUCAAUGAUGACAUAUAUGUGGAGACCGAAAAGAAGAACACAGACUCUGAGAAGAAUGAAAAUCGUUUUUGUGUCCUUGACACAACUACACUGUUGCGUAGCUGUGUGCAAAGGGCAGUCGGAAUGCUCAGGGAUCAGAUGGAGACCGGCUUUCGUAGCACUCUCAGGGUGGAGAUUCUGCUAACUCUUCUCGAUGAUGAUGAUGAUGAAAUUAAAGAAGAAUUUAGCUGUAUCGUUAAGAGGCAUCUUCAUACAUUAUUGGCCACUCAUGUCGACAGCACCAUUUGGUCAAACAACUGGGUCAUGAGGGAGGCCUCCAACAUUGAUGCACUGCAAGAAGGAGGAACCUUCAGGAACACCUUAUGGAACCGUAUUCAGGCGGUGGUAAUACCUAUGUUGGCUCACCUUGUUGCAAUCAGUGACCGUGACCAAAACCUGAAUUUACUGUUGGAUAAAAACUGUGGACUUCCUCUUAAAAAGCUGUGGUUGGACAUUUUUGGAAAUGACAAGCUUCUACAAAUCAAUUCUGAGAGCAGAACAGUUCUGGUCCAAAACUACAUCACUCCAAAGAUGAGAGUUGGCUGCAGCAUGCCCUUUAGCUGGAGGAUCAGAGACUACCUGGAGGACAUGUGGGUUCACGCUCUCCAGAACGAAGGGCAAACACAGCUGCAGUUUGAUGACUUCUUCUGGAACACACCAUUGGGGCGUUUCAUUGGAAAAGAAGACCAGGAAACACAGACGGAAUUCUACCACCGAUAUUUACAGGAUUAUAUCUCAUUAACCAUGAAUGUAUCCUGUGAAGAAGAGAUGCAGCUCCUGAGUGCAGCUCUUAACAGCUGUGUGAAUGAACUGAAGAUAAAGCUUGAAGCCACAGACAGACCCACGUCUCUGUCCUGGAUCCACGCUGCUUAUCACGAGUUCAAGAACAGACUGCAGAACCUCUCUAGGAUUAUCUGCAUUAAACCACAAGUCACAGGAGACCUCUUAAGAAAUCCAAGUUCCAGAGAUGGACCUGAAAUGAUACUGGAUGUGUAUGCUGCUUUUGCCUGUGUGGAAAAUUUGGAGCCAACAGCUCUGGACACAGACGACCAGAGACAGACUUGGCUCAGACAGGUUCAUCAACUCCAGGUUCCCAUUGAACUGGUUUGUGCUGAGGACUGUGUCCAACUCUACGGAGAGAGAAGCAAAACCUUUGCCAGCAGAGUGCUGAAUGCUUGGAAUCGGAUCUUUUGUCUUUCUUUAUUUGUGGAGCACAUGUUGGUGGGUAUUGAGGAACUAGACCAAAAACUGGUCCCCUCAGUUUUACAGAACACACAGAGACUUUGGCAGAUGUUGGAAAAGAACACCAACAUGAAAACUAAAGAUGCGUUUGAAACUGUCAUUGGUUUACUAAAAACCUGCAAAGAAGGAGCUGUUGAAUGCAUCUUCAGGUUUGGUCUCCCUCGGUGUUCAGUGUGUAUUGGAGACCCUCAGGACCCCAUCUGCCUCCCGUGUCAACACAUUUAUUGUUUGGUCUGUAUCAAACAGUGGCUUGUCCCGGGGCAGAUGUACUGUCCAUACUGUAUGCAGCAGGUCAACGAUGACUUUGCAAUAGUUCCUUCCAACGAUAUUAGGGUUCAAAUAAACACACAUGCACAGUUUAGAAGGCGCUGCAAUGCUUUCUUUGUGGAGUUGGUGUCAUCUAUGUGUUUCAAAGAUAAUUCCCCGCCAAGUUCAGAGGUGGUCAGUGAUCUGCUGUCAUUUCUCAUGCACGAGGCUAAUCCUGCGUUGAUACCUGGAGCACAAAGACAGAGAGUUAUUGUCACAAAAGAGUUCUCCCCGUUUGAUGAAUCUCUUGACAAAAGCCCCGUGGUUCGUUCAGUCGUGCUUAAAUUACUAUUGAAGUACAGCUUUGAUAAAAUAGAGAAGUACUUGAAGCAUUAUCUUCAUGCAGUAGAAGAGAGCAACCUCUUGGACGAUGCAGAGAAGACUGAACUGUACUCGCUCUACAUAAACUGUUUUGAGGACUCCAUGUUUGAGAAACUGUGCUUGGAGGAUGAAAGCAUCUUCCUGCAGGACCUGUCUGCAGAUCCCCUGCAAAUCCUCUGUUCGGCCACCGUAAAAAGCCUGCAGCUGGUCGCACGUGUCCGACUUAACCUGGACACGGCGGCUGGUCUCAUUAUUGAAGACACCACCCUGACAAAAUCUCAAGCACACAAUGCAGUGGAUGCCUUCCUUAAAAGUGUAAAGAACUUGUGUCAGCAAAGUAAGAACGACUGGUACCGAGUUUAUUUAAUUCGGAAACUUGGAACUCAGCAUGGAGUGGCACAUGUCCAGAACCUCCUGAAAGUUCAUCAAACGAGCUGGAUUUUCCCCAAGGAAAUUCUGGAAAAGGCUGAUGAGGCACCAAUGGACCUCUUUCUUGUGUGUGGUCCUGACUACCAAACCAUCCGAAAUGCUGUUGCAAAGGUGGUUAUGGAUGGCACCAUGGUUGACCUGGAUGGGACCUGUGAGAGGGUCAGAUGUGUAAAUCAAAGCAGAGCAGUUUUGCUGCUUCUUGCUCUGUACAGAGAAGUCACCACAUGGUACAAACAACCCAGUACAAACCUUCAUCCCAAACCUGCGCAAAUAAACCUAUGGAUGGGCUAUAUUGGGCAAUCUAAAGUCCUAACUUCCCCAGAAUUAAAGGCUUUUGCUCAGGCUCUUGUUACAAACCAGCUUGGGCCUUUGACUCUCCAGCCUGCGCUCUCCAGGACUCAGAGCGUCCUCAUAGAACUCACUGUCCAUCUGGCUGCUGUGCUUCUCUGUGGAAACCAGGGCAUUUUGGGACCUUUGAAGCAGCUGGCUCUCCCACCUGGGACCAUGCAGUUGGCGUUUUUACCCAGUAUGCCGGAAGACAAAAUCACAAUGGCACAACAAGCAAUGGGACAGGGCUUGCAGUGGUACCUUUGUCCAAAUGGACACCCAUGUACUAUUGGUGAAUGUGGUCAACCCAUGGAAAGAAGUCGUUGUGUGGACUGUGGAGCAGAUAUAGGUGGAAUUAAUCAUAUUCCAGCACAAGGGUUUUCGAUUGCCCCGUUGCAGGGUGACCGUACUCAGAGUGGGCACAUCCUUGGUGACCCUGGACGCAGAAACAGUCCUGACAUGUUGGACACAAAGAGCCUUUCCCCUGUUCCCUUUGCAGUCGUCCGAAUGAUCACACACAUGGCCAUGAUGUUUGGUCUCUGCAAUGACGCACAGAUGAUCUCGACUAUGAUCAAGCCCCGGGUCGUUGACCCAGGAAAGUUUCUCUUUGCUCAUCUGACAGAGGAUCAAAAACAUCUGACUAAGUCCCUUGGAAAAGGAGCAGAUGAUGCAGUCAUCACUGUACAUUUGAUCAUCAGCAGCCUGCUCCAUCCUCCACAUGAACAUGCCUGGCCUGUUGACUAUGAUAAUCAGCUCUCCACCAAUAAAGCUAGAAAUAAUUGGGAAACUAAGAUGAGCAACAUAAUAGCUCCUCUAUUGAAGAACAUGGAGAGACAGCUGAAGCAGGUGAACGCACUCAUUCGUUCUGAUGACCGCAUUUCUGCCAGUCCAAUCAUGAAAGUCAUGUUUGGGGACCCUCAGCUGUUUUUGGACUCUUUACCUAAAAACUCUUUGAUCCAUUGUUCCACUGUGUGGAGCAGCAGAGAGAAGGUGUCUCUCUUUGGGCUCACACACAUUUUAGAGCAAAAUGGUGGCAAAGAAGCAUUGCCAUUUCUGUGGACAUUUUUGCAUAGGGAAGCCGAGUACAGGCUGGUGAAAUUCCUUCCUGACAUUCUCACUCUUCAAAAACAUCUUGUCAAAAAGUUUCAAAACAUAACUGAACUGUCUGGUACUAUUGCUGAUUUUCUGGAAGGCCAGCAGUCAGUUUCUCUAAAGGCCUGGUACGAGAAACAUAUCAAAAUUGUGUUGAAUACUUGGAAUGAACUAAGAGUGUUCUUGGCAACUAAUGGUGACAUAAAGCUUCCACCUAGUUUCUGUGAGAAGGACUUGGACCGCCGCAGUGACUUUCGAGUGCUGUUGCCCAGUCGACGAGGCCCGGGGCUCUGCUCCACAGCCCUCGUCAGUUAUCUCAUCUUUCUGCAGAAUGACUUGCUUUACAGUGUGGACAGGCUCACUGGAGAGGACACCAGUUAUAAAGUCAGUCCAGUAGAUCUGACUGACCUUCACGUGAUCCGGUACGAGCUGGACAAAGACCUCAUGCCCCUGGUUUUGUCCAACACUCAGUACAGCAUUGAGAAAGGUCAAGAAACACUGCACGAGUAUGACCUACCUAAAAUCCAGCAGCAAAUAGUGUCACGCUUUCUGCUGGGCAAACCUCUCAUCACGCUGAAUGGCAUUCCUACUUUGGUGCACAGACAUGACCGUGACUAUGAGAAUAUACUUAAGGAUGUCAAUGAAAAGAUUAAACAAGAACCCCUUCAAACUCUCAUCCAGUGUGCUGUGGGCACAGAGCUAGACUCUUACAGUGAGGUGUGCGAAGCUUUGUCCGCAGUGGAAAUUGCUCUUGGGUUUUUAGCCAUGACUGGAGGAGAUGCCAGUAUGCAGUUGUCUUGUUACCUGGAGGAUGUGCUGAAAAUGGCAACUCAAACCCCUCCACAUAUCCUCAAGGCCUUAAGUAUGUGCUCUCUAAAACAUUGUGCGGCAUUAUGGCAGCUGCUUGGGUCUCUUAAAUCACAAGGCCUUCUAAAACUUAAGAGGGAUCCAUUCGAACACAUUCCAGAGGAGUACAAGCAGGUUCUCAGUGUGGAUGAGCGUGGACUGCUGGCUGGAUUCUUUUCUAAAAAUAGCGCCGAAACUUUUUUGCUGGAGAUGCAUGAGUUCCUUGUACUCAUGCUGAACAAACCUAAGGCUACAGACACCUUCAAACCUGAGUGGGGUCUAAAAGAGACUCUGGUGUCCUACAUGGAACGCAAAGACAUGGAUGUUCCUCCUGAACUAGAAGAGCUGUUCCCAGAGGAAAUCUGUUUGUCUCAGUCAUGUGCACUAUCAUGA